CUGUGACCAAUAGCAAAACUACGAAUACGAAUGUUUGCCGUCCCAUUUAGGGAAUUUCUCUCGCGGCCGAACCCUAACCCACCGCCGGUCCGCCGCCCCAUCCGCACUGCCGGUCGGCCGGCCCUCCUCCCGGGGCGCCGCGGCCGUAUCAUCCUCGCCGCCGCCCGAAUCCUUGCUCCGCACCACCGCCUGCAUCGCCCUCGCGGCUCCCGGGCUCCGCCUGCGUGGUCACCGACGGCGCCAUGGAUGCUUCCAAGAACAAAAAGCUCAAGGAUGUGGAGAUCAGUUUCCCAAUUGUCUAUGGAACCAUUUCUUUCUGGCUUGGUAAAAAGGCAAGCGAGUUCAGGCUCACAUUGCCAAGCUGAGAACGCAGUUAAGCAUGAUAGAAGGAAUGCCCCAUCAAUCAAAAGUUCUUUCUGGAGCGUGGCCAGUGCCCGGACUUCGUGCUGUGCAUCGGCGACGACAAGUCCGAUAAGGAUAUGUUCCAGUUGCUCGCCACGGCCCCCUGCGGGGCAUCGCUGGCGUCCAAGGCGGAGGUGUUCACGUGCACCGUCGGCCGCAAGCCCAGCAAGGCCAAAAAUUAAGGGGCAUACAGAUAUUCAGGGUUUCACUCUUCUGAAGAGCACUUCUGCAAAAUUUACUUCACAUGAUACCAAAUUCCUCUCGUAA